CUGUCAUCUGUCGUUGUAGUCAUACUGUAUUCCGGUUAUUGCUUUUUGAUCAUAAUUCAAUUUUGGAAAGUUUAAAACUCUGAAUAACACUGUUAUUAAAUACCAGAGUUGUAUGCCUUGUGGAUAUAGCAAUGAAUUGUAGGAUAAGAACUCUCAUCUUGGUGGUUUUAUUAAUAGGUGGAGUAAUAGGUGAUAAUGCUGAGGAUGAUGACAUAACAGUUGAAACAGUAGAUGAAUCAGUUCCUGAUGUUGCUUAUGAAAGCCCAGUUCCCAUAGAUCCCAGGAAAGUGUACUUAGCUGAACAUUUUGAUGAUCCUGCACAAUUUCAAAAGCGAUGGAUCAAAUCUCAAGCUAAAAAGGAAGGAAUAGAAGAAGACAUAGCCAAAUAUGACGGACAAUGGGAAGUAGAAGCUGCAACAAAAGAUAGCUUACCCAAUGACAGUGGUUUGGUACUCAAAACUAAAGCCAAACAUGCAGCGAUUUCAGCGCAUCUAGCAAAGCCGUUUGUGUUUGCGGAUAAGCCGUUGAUCUUACAGUAUGAAGUACUGUUACAAGAAGGCCAAGAAUGUGGAGGCUCUUACUUAAAAUUACUAAGUGAGGGGCCAGAAUCCAAGAAUCUCAAUAAUUUCCAUGAUAAAACGCCCUACACCAUUAUGUUUGGGCCUGAUAAGUGUGGAAACGAUCAUAAAUUACAUUUUAUUUUCAGGCAUAGAAAUCCAUUGAAUGGUAGCAUCGAAGAAAAACAUUGUCAGAAGCCAAAGGAACGUCUAGAGGAAUACUUUUCCGAUAAACUUCCUCAUCUAUACACUUUAGUUCUAAAUCCAGACAAUACUUUUGAAAUUUCAGUAGAUAAGAAAGUAGUAAACUCUGGAAGUUUACUUGAAGAUUUCGUGCCCCCAGUAAAUCCCCCAGCUGAAAUCGAUGACCCUAAUGAUAAAAAACCAGAAGAUUGGGAUGAGAGGGAGAAAAUUCCAGAUCCUGAUGAUAGAAAACCAGCUGACUGGGAUGAAGAUGCUCCACCACAAAUAUUUGACGAAUCAGAGUCGAUACCAGAUGGUUGGUUAGAAAACGAGCCAACUCACAUUCCGGAUCCAGAUGCUAUAAAACCAGCAGACUGGGACAGCGAUAUGGAUGGUGAAUGGGAACCACCAUUGAUAGAAAACCCAGCAUGUAAGGCUGCUGCAGGAUGUGGACAUUGGGAACCACCAUUGAUCAAUAAUCCAGGGUAUAAAGGCAAAUGGAGACCACGUCUCAUUACCAAUCCCAACUAUAAGGGAAAAUGGAGGCCAAAAAAGAUUCCAAAUCCAGAUUAUUUUGAUGAUCAACAUCCAUUCAAGAUGACCACUGUGUCUGCCGUUGGUUUCGAGCUUUGGUCGAUGUCUCAAGAUAUUCUUUUUGAUAAUUUACUCAUAACAGAAGAUAUAACUGUAGCCAAUAAAUGGGCUGCCGAUACAUUUGACAAGAAGCGUCAAAAAAUUGCCAAGGAUUCGGAAAGCUUUGUUCAAAGGUUAGCUAGCCUUACUAACGAAUAUCCAUUCCUAUGGGCGGUUUACAUUCUUGUCCUUGCUGUACCUGUAAUAUUUAUUUUGUACCUUUGCUGCAAACCCAGUUCCUCUGCUAGUCAAACACAGGAAAGAGAGGAGCUCAUUAAAGCGGCAGAAACAAAAAAGACUGAUGAAUUGACUGAGGCAGUCGAGGAAGAGAAUGAAGCUCCCGAAGGCGAAGAGGAGGAAGGCGACGACGAAGAACAAGAGAAAAAUUCUGAACCUGAUUCAGAAAAUGAAACUGCGGAGCCGGAAGAGGGCGAAAAGAACCAACCUUCAGGAGAUGGUACGAGAAAGAGGAAAGUUAGAAAAGAAUAAAUAGCGAUUGGAUUGAAUCGCAUUAUGUUCAUGUAUAUUUUCGUCAACACCAAAAGAGAAAAAAUCGAACUUUUUCUAAAUUAUUGAUGUGUACGAUUGUAGCUGAAUUCUCAUUACGUUUUUUUAAAACUGUAUCGUCACUAGGUAUCACCUUGUAUAUGUUCUUUUCGUUCCAAGACUUGUAUAUACUACAUAUAAAAAGAUGGAGGAAUUGCGUUGUAUUUAUUAUUAUUUCUAGCCAAUAGACAAAUUAUUAUAAAUUAACUUUUUUACAUAGUAGGAAUAAAAAUGUUCGUAAUCUUAACCAUUUGAACACUUCAUAGGCUUUAAAAAGUCAAAUCAUUGCAAAUUUAAUGAACAUUGAUUAGUUUGAGGUCAGUUUUAUUAAAUUUUAAGAAUACAAAUUAGAUUUUUUACGGAUAUUUAAUCAAAACUAAGAUAGAUUCUUUAUAAAUGGAAUAAUUCGACAGCUUAGAUUGGUAUGUCUAUGUGUAAUUUAAUCAUAUUUCUGUAUGAACCAGUAUGUAUUUAUUAAUUAUACUUUAAACCUAGUAUACCUGGCUUAUUAUGAACAGGUUGUGACGUAAUUUUCAGAUACUUAGAAAGAAAUUACUAUAACAUUUUUGUUUGUGAGCAUAUUAUUUGAACAAUUAGUAUUUUCUUAAAAUAACGCCACAUUUGUGGAAAAACAUCUAAGAACUAACUUCUGGUGUUAUUAAAUGUAUACAUAAACUAUCAGAAGUUGAAUGAGGGACAUUUUUCUUGAUAACUGGUGUAGGUUUCUUGUGAUUGUCGAAUUUUUCGAUUUAUAGAAACUAUUGCCAUUUCGUGUUUUGUAUGCCAUUAAUAUCUCAUUUAUUAUUACGUACUAUUUCUUAUAAAUAACGUUUCCUCGGUGUACUAUCUGUUUUAGUAUGUUUUUAUAGUAUUUGAAUUUUAUUUUGUAUUGUUAAAAGAAAACCGAUUUCUGUGGAUACUUCGACCAAUAAAAAUGAUACCAAUACAA